UAGAUUUGGAAGGAAAUGAGGAAGAAUUCUUUACACGGAAUCAAUUGGGAGCGCUUUGAGAGAUCCAGAGAAACUCGGUGGGAAACUCAGAGACAUUCAGAGACAGACUUAGAGAGGCCGCGCCUAGGUGGCUGCGCUAAGGCGCCGGAGGAGGCGCCGGAGGACGCGGCCCGCGCGGCGGAGGAGCCGCAGCUGCUGCACGGUGCCGGCAUCUGUAAGUGGUUCAACGUGCGCAUGGGGUUCGGCUUCCUGUCCAUGACCGCCCGCGCAGGGGUCGCGCUCGACCCCCCGGUGGAUGUCUUUGUGCACCAGAGUAAGCUGCACAUGGAGGGCUUCCGGAGCCUGAAGGAGGGGGAGGCCGUGGAGUUCACCUUUAAGAAGUCCGCCAAGGGCCUGGAAUCUAUCCGAGUCACCGGCCCUGGGGGGGUGUUCUGUAUUGGGAGUGAAAGGCGGCCCAAAGGGAAGAAUAUGCAGAAACGUAGAUCAAAGGGAGACAGGUGCUACAACUGUGGAGGUCUAGACCAUCAUGCCAAGGAAUGCAAACUGCCACCGCAGCCCAAGAAGUGCCAUUUCUGCCAGAGCAUCAACCAUAUGGUAGCCUCGUGCCCACUGAAGGCCCAGCAAGCUCCCAGCUCCCAGGGAAAGCCAGCCUACUUUCGGGAAGAGGAAGAAGAGAUCCAUAGCUCUGCCAUGCUCCCAGAGGCCCAGAAUUGAAGCCACAGUGGGUGGGGGCUAUCCUUUUGUGAUCAGAAAGCUUUGAGGAGCAGGCAUCAAUCGGCAGAGUGGAGAAAGUGGGGACAGGGUGGGUAGGGGGCAGCUGGCACUGCCAUAUAUCUGAGGCUGGAGUCCAAGGCAUCACCCCCUCUUCCCUCUUGGUGGGAAGAAGGGGUGAGGCAAAGAAACUCCAAUUAGCUCUUUCCAAAUGCAUAUGAGGGCUUUGAGGGUUAACCCUCCCUGCAUGCUUUAUCUGAGUCUCCACCCCCAGAAUCUCCAGCUUUUGAAAGUGGCCUGGGUAGGGAAGUUGUUUUACUCUUAAAGAAGAAUGUGGAAUAAUAUUUCCCAUAUCAGAGUGUAAAGAUUAAGAAGAGAACAGGUUGAUGGACCCAACCAACAAGCCACUACAUUCCAUGGGAGGAAACAUCUCAGGGGGGGCGGCAGGGUUUUCCUCGUCUUCUCUCCUCAUAACCCCCUCUUGGGACAGAAUGCUAAGAACUGUCCCAAGUAAUGGGUUAUGAUGACAGGUAAAGGGGUGAUUGAGGGGACAGCUGCAGACUUGCUGCUUCUAAGCUCACUCUCACCCCAUUCUGGGCCAACUCAAUUUUAUUUAUUUGCUGCCUUGGGUGACUGUACCUUGGGUCCCACUUUCUCCAGGAUGCCUACUGCACUCGUGUGCGAAUGACGUAUCUUGUGCAUUUUAACUUUUUUUUUUUUUUUCGUAAUAUAAAUAUUCUGGUUUUGUAUUUUUGUGUAUUUUAAUCUAAGGCCCUCAUUCCUGCACUGUGUUCUCAGGUACGUGAGCAAUCUCAGGGAUAAGUCAGCAGCAGCUCCGGGUCUGCACAGCAGGAAUGCUUUUUGUUGCUGUAUCAUCAGAGAGAACAACUAUUUGGAGUGUAUAGCCUAUUGAACUACCUCAUUUUUGCCAAUGACAGCUGGCUCUUCUGCCAUAGUGUCCUCUUGAAACCCCUCCAUCUUCAGCGUUUCAUGAGAGACUAGGUUUUAACUGGGUUGCCCCAUGACUUGGUCUCCUUCCUACUGAAAGAUUGGAAAUUGGUCUGAACAGGAAAACGUGGUGCAGAGAGGUUAGGAGAGGCUGGGCCAGGUAAGAAGUGCAGAGAGGGGAAGCCCAGAUUAGCAAAGGUCGUCUGUAUGUGUGACAAAGGAUUCCUGUUCCAGAUCUAUAAUCCUAGGGCACAUUACUCGCUUUAUAUACCAGAUCCAUCCUUCACCUGACUGGGCUAGGCUGACCAUGCACAACAGGGUGUGUGUGUUUUUAUAAAAAAUGGAAGUUGGUAAGGAGAGGUUUUUAAGAACAACGCCUCUGUACCCAUCUUGAGCUGCCCAGGGAUGGAUAUGUGAAGCAAGGACAAGAUCUUUAACGAUUCUGGGCUUUUCCUUCUUGGCUUCUGGAGAGACCAUCAGCAAUGGCUUCUUUGUGGUUCCCAGAGCCAGGGUCCUACUCUGCUGCAGCAGUGAUUAGUAUCAUGGCAGCUACAGGAGAAAGGGCGGUGGGGGCGGCGGGUUCGUUUACAAGCUGUGAGAUCACUGCAGACCUACCUCACUGUUGUCACGGGGCAAAUGCAAUAGAACGCAUUGGGUGACGUGUGUCUGAUCCUGUCUCCCCCAGCUGCUGCCCCCUCUAGUUAUUAUAUCUGUCUGGGCUUUGUAGGGCUUCACAAGUAGCUGAUUUGGUGAUUGCUAGGUGGCCUAGUUUGUGUAAAUAUAAUGUGUUGGUCUUCUCCAUGUUCUUUUGGGGUUUUAUUGUUUACAAACUUCUUUUUAUAUUGAGAAAAAUAGCCAAAGCAUCUUUGACAAAAUGUUCUGCACCAGGCAAAGAGAUCUGAAACAUAAGCUUGGGGGCCCCUCUUGAAGUUGGGGGGGGGUCCUUGAACUACACUUUCUUUUGUGUUCCCCUUCCUCUAUUUCCUAUUUCAAACAAGAUCUGUCCUGAAAAUUAGAUUCCUACCCCCUCUUCUUUCCACCUUUGUGCCCCGCCGAAAUAGACCAUAUACCUAUACAUUUAAUUUGUGGGGUAUCUGUGAUUGAGUGAUUUGUG